UGUGUCUGUGUUUCUGUCUCUGUCUGUCUCUCAGGACCAUCAUGCACCUGAAGUCGUAUCCGAAGCUCGUGCGUUCGGAGUUGCGUCUUGAUGCGUCCGGUGUCCAGACGUCUCAACGUAGCAGCCUGCUGAUAAGAACCUGCGGUGGUAACCAUGGCAACAGCAGCAGCCGCCUCCCACUGAGCAUCAUCUCCACCAACACGCUGCACCGCGGCAACGCCACAAACAGCAGCGCCAGCAGCGGCGUGGCGACGCUUUGGCUGAAGCCGGCGCCGGGUGCCGCGCUGCAGCUGCUGCCCCCGACGCCCGGCUGCGAGAACGACACACUCCGACUGUACCAGACCGCCGCAGAGGACGCCGACGCCCCGCUGGACAUCUGGACCGUCAUCAAGCCGGGACACGUUCGGGAGAAGAUCGCCAUCUUCGCUUCUGAUGGCGAACAUACAGAUGGCGUCGGAGGCAGCGAGCAUAUCUCAACUGGUGGCUCCGACAAUCGGGACAGGACGCCGGCGGUGUGUUCGAGUCACGCCACCAUGUCAGGGCUGCUACGGGCUGUGAAGGCGAAGGGAAGCUGGGAGGAAAACAGCAGCGCCAAACGGCGCCGCAGGUCAGGAAACACCCAGAACCUCCAGCAGGACCCGAGGAGCGGGGUCCACGACGCACAGCAACACGCCCACCAGCCGUCUCCACGGCGCUCAGACUCGACCCCUCGGUUGGGCGGCGAUGUGAUGACGGCAGCAGAGGAGGAGCAGCAGAAGGUGUCGGUGGUGGAGAUGGUGGCGUUCCUGGAGCAGCGAGCCAGCGAGCAGCAGCCCGACUCCAAACCGCAGCUCGCCCUCCAGAGGAGCUCCACCUCUAUCACGCUGUCCAGAGCUCCGCCCCCCGAGGUCAGGGGGGAGGAGCCAGAGAGCGUCAGGGUGUCGGACAUGGUGGCGCGGCUGGAGUCGGAGUGUCUGCGGCGGCGGACGGAGGGAGAUCUGUCCCGCAGCAACAGCCUGAGGAGGACGGUGGGACGUGUCCUGCUCGCUGCCGCCGGGGACCUCAGCUCCGCUCCCUGCCAGCCUUCAGCACCACCACCGUCAUCGUCAGCGCUGGCAGCUCAGAGCGCGGCCCAGGAGCCAAUCAGCUGCUCAGAAACAGCCAGGACACCUUCCUCUGCUCUGACCACGCCCCCCUCAGCUGAGGCCGCGGCAAAGGCGGCUGGGGGGGCGGAGACACUAAGUACCUCCACAAUGACUCAGACUGAAGCCCCGCCCCUCCUACCGGCCCCGCCUCCUUCAACUGAGGAGGCCGAGCCCGUGCCCGGGCUGUUGUUUUUAUCUCCCGCUGCCUCAGAGCCCCACCCCCCCCACCACACAAUGACCUUUGACCUGGAGCCCCGCCCCACUCCUGGCAGCCAAUCAGAGAACAGGAGGAGGAGGAAGGCUGUCAGAGCGGCGGAGGAGGAGCGGGAGGCCGACGGUGUGACCUCCUGCUCCGGCGUGGCACCCUUGAGCCGGCGUGCGUCUGCGUCGCAGGACUUCCUAGAGAUGCGUCAGCGGCUGCAGCAGCUGCUGGAGCCGCAGCCGUACCUCGCCGUGCUGCCGCAUCACCUGCUGCUGAAGAUCCUGCGGCUGCUGCCCACACAGAGCCUCGCCGCCCUCAAGUGCACCUGCCACUACUUCCAGUUCAUCAUCGACACCUACGGCGUGCGCCCCGCCGACUCGCUCUGGGUGUCUGACCCGCGUUACCACGACGACCCCUGCAAGCAGUGCAAGAAGCGUUACGGCCGCGGCGACGUGUCGCUGUGCCGCUGGCACCACAAGCCGUACUGCCAGGCGCUGCCGUAUGGCCCCGGGUACUGGAUGUGUUGCCACGGCGCCCACAGGGACGCGCCCGGCUGCAACGUCGGGCUCCACGACAACCGCUGGGUGCCGGCGUUCCACAGCAUCAACGUGCCGAUCUACAGGAGGAGUUGCCAUGACAACUGAGACUGUGUGUGUGUGUGUGUGUGGUGUGUGUGUGCGUGCGUGUGAGCUCCCAUGAUGCAGCAGCAGCUCAGAAUUUGUCUUUGAUCUUCAACACAUCUGAAACACGUGAAAUUUCUUUACUGCUUCAUGCUGUCGCUCCGCACCCUGAUGCUCCGCCCACCACCUCACAGCGUCGAUCUGCCGCUCGCCGCUGAUGUCGUCGCAGCUGCCGCCGUCAGCAGCAGGAGAGAGGAGGGUCCUGACCACGACUUCUUCUUCUUCUACGAGUGUCGGUGAAACGUCAUCGAUCAAUACUCUCCUCAUAUCAGAUCAGUAACACGCCGUCUGCAAUCAGUGAGGGAAAUCUGACACGCCAUGACAUCAUCAGCUGAUGUCAGCAGUGACAUCCCAUGGAGGUAAACUCUGACUUUCACAAUAAAAGCCUUUAGUAAGGCACGAUGAUAAUGGAGCUCAGAUCUGAUUAACCCUUUGAAAGCUGGACCCACAUCAGUGUUUCUGUGCUGCGUUCACUAAAUAUUUAACCCUUUAAAGCUUUCUGUCCGAAACAUGAGAGGAGGCAGCGAGCACAAAGAAAUGUCCCGCAGAUUACAAGAAAUUAGGAAAAGUGACCUGAAAUUUCUUAUUUUUUAGACAACAAUUUAAAAUCGGAAACAUGUUCGGAAAACUACAUUCAUGCCUGUUUCAGAUUGUUACAAAAAUACCAUAAUUUAUUAUUUCUGCACUUUUUAGUCACUUUUUCU